AUGCCUCAAAAUAAUGUUCGUGGAGCGUUGAUUUCUGAUUGCAUGCAGGACAAGGAGAAGCCGAUGGCCGUGCGGGCCUCCAACAUUCUUGCUGCUCGGGCUGUCUCCGAUGCCAUUCGCACAUCAUUGGGACCCAGGGGUAUGGAUAAGAUGAUCCAAACGCCCAAGGGACAGACCAUCAUCACCAACGAUGGAAACACCAUGUUGAAGGAUAUGAGCGUGAUGCACCCCGCUGCCCGCAUGCUUGUCGACCUGAGUGCCGCGCAGGAUGUGGAAGCUGGUGAUGGAACUACAUCGGUGGUUGUCAUUGCUGGCAGUCUCCUUGGUGCUGCCGAAAAGUUGCUGGCCAAGGGCCUUCACCCCACCGUCAUCGCCGAGUCCUUCCAGAGAGCUGCCGGUGCUGCCGUCGAGAUUCUCCACAACAUGUCCCGCCCUAUUAACCUCACCGAUCGCUCUACCCUCCUCCAAGCCGCCUCUACUUCCCUUUCGUCCAAGAUCGUGUCCCAGCACUCCGGACUCCUGGGACCUAUGGCUGUUGAUUCCGUUCUGAAAGUCUGUGACCCUAAGACCGCAGAGAACGUUGAUCUGCGCGAUAUUCGUAUCGUGAAGAAGGUUGGAGGUACAAUUGAGGACAGCGAGAUGGUUGAUGGUGUGGUCCUUAACCAGCCCGUGAUCAAGAGCAGCGGUGGUCCCACAAGAAUCGAGAAGGCACGGAUAGGUCUCAUCCAAUUCCAACUGAGCCCUCCCAAGCCAGACAUGGAGAACCAGAUCGUGGUCAACGACUACCGCCAGAUGGACAAGAUCCUGAAGGAGGAGCGCCAAUACCUGCUUAACAUGGUCAAGAAGAUCCAAAAGACCAAGUGUAACGUUCUUCUGAUCCAGAAGUCCAUCCUCCGUGAUGCCGUCAACGAACUUUCUCUGCACUUCCUUUCUCGUCUCAAGAUUCUGGCUAUCAAGGACAUUGAGCGUGAUGAGGUUGAGUUCCUUUGCAAGUCCCUUGGCUGCAAGCCCGUCGCCAAUGUUGACUCUUUCACUGAGGACAAGCUCGGUACUGCCGAUCUCAUCGAGGAAGUCCAGGCCUCCGGUGCUCGCUACGUUAAGAUUACUGGAAUUAAGGCUCCUCUCGCCGCUUACAACCAGACCGUCUCCAUUGUUGCCCGUGGUGCCAACAGCCUCAUUUUGGACGAGGCUGAGCGCUCUCUGCACGACGCCCUGUGCGUCAUCCGCUGUCUCGUCAAGAAGCGUGCUAUGAUUGCUGGUGGUGGUGCUCCUGAGGUCGAAGUUGCCCACUCACUCGCCAAGCGCGCGCGUGAGCUCACCGGCACCGAAGCCAUUUGCUUCAAGGCCUUCGCCGAUGCCAUGGAAGUUAUUCCCACCACCCUCGCCGAGAACGCCGGUCUCAACUCUAUUAAGGUUGUGACUGACCUCCGCCACCGUCACGCUCAGGGCCAGCACAAUGCCGGUGUGAGCAUUCGCAGCGGUGGUGUCAAGGACGAUAUCACAGAGGAGAACAUCUUACAGCCUCUGUUGGUCAGCACCAGCGCUAUUGAGCUGGCCGCAGAGACCGUGAAGAUGAUCAUGAGAAUUGAUGACAUUGCUCUGUCGCGGUAA